AUGUCCGUUCUUAUCUAUCUAUCUAUCUAUCUAUCUAUCUAUCUCGGCCUCUAUCUCGGCCUGUUAAUGUAUCUAUCUAUCUAUCUGUCUAUCUAUCUAUCUAUCUAUCUAUCUCGGUCUGUUCAUAUAUAUUUCUGUUCAUAUCUAUCUAUCUAUCUAUCUAUCUAUCUCAGUCUAUCUCAACUGUUCAUAUGUAUCUAUUUAUAUACAUCUCCAUUUAUAUCCAUAUAUUCUCACUCUAUCUAUCUAUCUAUCUAUCUAUCUAUCUAUCUAUCUAUCUAUCUCGUCACUCUAUCUAUCUAUCUAUCUAUCUAUCUAUCUCGUCACUUCAUCUAUUCUCAUCACUCUAUCUAUCUAUCUAUCUAUCUAUCUAUCUAUCUAUCUAUCUAUCUCGGUCUUCUUCGAUCUUCAAUUGACCCUUCCUGUCUCCUUUCUUUCAUUCUUCUACUGAUCGCUGUUGCAUGUUUUCUUCGCAUCAACCAAUCUUAA